UGAAAAGAGAACAUACAAAUAUAGGCAUGUUUGAGAUGGACACAGUAGGAGUUUUAAUGAAAAAGAUAAAUAUAAUCAUGGAGGUUGAUGAAGAAAACCAUCAGCAGUGCCCUCUAUUGGAUUCAAACAUAUGGAGAACCAGAUCAACAGUCACUUCAUGUAACAGCUUUAUGUUGCAGAACAAAGUAGCUUGUGAUAUAACCUUCACACUAGGUUCUGAAAGUCAAGAGGUUGUGGCUCAUAAAUAUGUAUUAAUAAGCAGGUCACCAGUGUUUUAUGCAAUGUUUUGUGGACCAGUAGCAGAGAGCUCUGAUGUUAUUAGUGUACCAGAUAUUGAACCAGAUAUAUUUCAAUCUUUAUUAAGCUAUCUGUAUUGUGAUGAUGAUUCUGUUGUUGAUAGUGAUUCUGUGAUGGCAUUGUUAUAUGCGGCCAAGAAAUAUUCUAUUUAUAGCCUUGAAGAUGUGUGUAAACAAUUCCUCAAAGACAACAUUAAUUUCGACAAUGCAUGCCUAAUUUUAGAACAAUCCCAUGCAUUUGAUGAGAAAGAUUUAUACGAAGAAUGUCUGAAGUUUAUAUGGAAGAACGGUGAAGAAAUAUUAGAAAUGAGCUGUGUUAAAGAUCUCUGUGAGAAAUGUAUGCAAGAUAUCAUUGCUUCUGAUGCACUGAAUGCCGAUGAAAAACUUGUUUAUGAAUGUGUUGUAUCAUGGUCAGAAAUACAAUGUAUAAAGAAAAAGAUGGAAGUAAAUGAUCAAAACCAACGAGAAGUACUUAGUAACAUUUUGUACCAAGUAAGAUUUCCGCUGAUGCCCUUAUCAUAUUUCGCUGAUCAUGUUUCAGAGAAACAAAUAUUAUCACCUGAAGAAAAACUCAACUUAUACAAAUACUUGUGUCAGAGCAGAUCAGGGGCAGUAACUCCAUUUAUUUCACGCUAUAGAAGUAAGAAAACAAGUUUACAUUGUAAGAGGUUUAAAGGUAUGGUUGAUAGUAGUGAUUGGGUCCAAAAGGGCAAAAAGGAUGCUGUAUCAUUCAGUUGUAGUGUACCAAUAUUGAUGCAUGGAGUCUGUAUGUACCGAUCAGGACUUACUGGCGCCCCCUAUGAUAUCAGAUUAGAACUCUAUGAUGAAAGUGAUAAUCAGCUGACAUGUGUUCAUCGUACAGAAGAUACAAUUGAAAGUACGGUUGAAGGGAGAUUUCUGUUUCCUGUUUUAUUUGAUCAGCCAUUGAAAAUCCUCUCAUGCUCAUAUUAUACAAUUGUUGUAAAAAUGAUUGGGCCAAAGAGUUUUUAUGGCGAGCGUGGGAGGAAGAAAGUAGUAUGUGGUAAUGUUACAUUUGAAUUCAUCUCUGCACCAAAUAGAAGUACAAACUCCACCAAUGUGUUCACUGGGCAAAUUCCUGUCAUCUUGUUUUCUCCAUGGCUGUAAAUGUUAAUGGUCAUCAUGGUAGACAUUCAAUCUGAUCAAAUUACAAGCAAAGCUAUCAGCAAGUCGUAGACACUAGAUCUGUAUUUCAAUGAGAUUUGUUGACCUUUUAUCACUUUCAAUAUUUCGUUGAUUCAAGUGUUCAAUUCCCAUUGAUCAUGUUGAUUGGAUUGUUCAUGACAUUCAUGAUUGCUGUACAAAAAAUGUUGUUAUUACUCUUUUUCACUUAAACAAACAAUUACAAAAUUAAGAUUAAAAAAUGUCAUUUUGCAUAUUAACGACGGUUUAUGACUAUUUAAUUGUAACAAUUGCUUUUGUCAUUACUGUACACAUGUUGCAUGAAAGAUAGUAUGGAUUAUGAUAAUGUUGCCUAACUUGUUUCAAACUUAAGGCUUGUAAGGAAUUUUUAUCCUUGAAAUGAUAUUCCAGUUUAAUGUUAAUUUUUUUUUUUAAUAUAUAAGAGUGGGGCCAAACCUUGAAAUGUGAAAUUUUGUUUUUUACUCUAUUUAUCAUGAGCUCAAGGUUGUUUUAUACAUUGUAUAUUGCUUUUUUUUAUUUGGAAUCUCAUGCUUGAAAUUUUGAGGCUGGUUUUGCAUGGCUCUGAGCUCUCUGACAUGGGUUAAGACGUGAAAUAUAUGUAAAUAGAGGCAAAACCUUCAAUGAUAAUUUAGAAAAUAAGUCAGUGCUUUUUCUACUAAAUUCAUUCCAAAUUUAACAAAAACAAACAAUCAGUGGUUCAUAAUGUUCAAGAAAAGCAUUAUAGUAUAUAACACUUCAAUAUGUCAAGCGCAUUUUGUGUCCUGCUUUGUUUGUUCUUUUACAUUGUUCAGCUUUUUUCCUAUUGUGUAUCAAGCCUUGACUUAUAUGCUCUUAAUAAAAGGGCUGGUUAAGUGAUAUAUGAUGACAAAAAUAAAACCCCAAACUCCAUACAAACCUAAUAUCAAUUAAAUGGAAUAUAUCCAAAGCAAUAGCAAAUAUAUUUCUUCUUUGGACAGGCUUUUGAGAAUUUGCUAAUUCAUUAAAAAUUAUUGGUCACUAUUUUUUACCUGCAUUCUUAAUUUCUGUAGAGAUCCUUAAGUUU